CUUGAUGAUAGACAGCUUAGAGACAGUUAAACUACUACUUAGACGAGGAGCCUACAGAGGGAACGCCACAGUAUAAGACCCGAGCUCACUGGCCGUGAAGGAGAGAAUCCGUGUGAUAGUAAACACCAACCUGGUCUGGAAAACUCAGACAAGGAUUUAUCUUGAAGGAUUACAACAGUCUACAAACUACAAAUGUUUUAAGGAAUGCAUGUGUUAAAUUAAGAAGAAACACAGAGGUUAAGCUGAGCGAUCUUGGAUGUAAGAAGGAAAGAACUACAUGAGGAUAAAAAUUAUGUUUAUGCCUUCAACUCUCCUUGUACGAUCAGAAGUGUUACUCUCUUGUAACACUUGGAAGCUCAUCAGGUUGACCUGAUUCUUCUUCAUUUAAUCCAGUCAGGUAAUAUAGUUUUCAGCUCAAAUUUCAGUCUGCGACACAUCUGGGCUCGCACCUGCUCUUCCGUCAUCCUCCACCAAACGGACUCCUUCAAAGGGGUUGUUGGUUCUUGUUUAUUUAUAUUGAAAUACAUCACUGCCAUCCGAAGGCUUGUAAUUACAUUGUUCUCUGUCAUGGUAUGAUAUAAGUAGAGUCUUUACACAGUAGGAAAGCUAGAAACCCCUCUAUUAGGGAUUCAGGUGAGGAGGAGAGGGGAAAGGAAAAGAGAUAAACAGGGGGAGGGAAAAGAGUAAACACGUCUCCAUCUGUCUACAUUUCAUCCAAACAACACGCGCAAGUCGCAGAUGUGUGUACUGUACCUGGGUGGGUUUUUGUGUGUGCAUUGGUGUGUUGAUGUCUUGGUGACACACAGAGAGCAGUAGUCUUGUACAUAGAGUUGAUGGCCAGUCAGACUUGUGAAUGACACCACGGUUCCUUGUAUCAACUUGCUACUGGUCGGAAGCUCUGUAAAGAUUUGUGGUGGCAGAAAAACCCUCAGUACUCAGGAAGAGUAGAGUCAGUACUGUAGAUACAGCACAGACAAUAGACAACAGUAGAAAAACCGUGGACAGAGAGAAUAGAAGACCACUGCUACAGGGCUGCCACCAUGGAGACCUCGGACCCCAGCCAGAACUGUAGGGAAGAACACAGGGAACAUUCCAGAACACUCCACCAUCGCUCCUGUCUGUGGAGCAGAAGAGGAGCACAGAGCUGUGUAGGUAUAAACCUCACCUCCAGACCCAGGGACCAGCUGCCUGCUAGGAUCCCCAGGCCCAGUUGCAGCCCUGGGUCUAGCCCAGGGUUUGGUCUCCCUGCCCUCCGCCUGUCCCUGCUCCUGGCUCCUCUCCUGCUGUGUCUGUGGGCCCAGCAGACCCAGGCCGUGGUCCAGUCCAGCUUCCGCCGCCUUAGCGGGAAAGAGAAGAAGGAGAUGCAGAAGGAGAUCCUCUCCAUCCUGGGGCUCCCUGGACGGCCCCGGCCUCACCCCCCGCUCCGCCCGCCGUCCUCUGCCCCGCUGUUCAUGCUGGACCUGUACCACGCCGUGUCGGCUGAGGGCGAGGAGGGAGGGAACGGACUAGGGGAGGCGGACGGGCUGGGGGGCCACGGCGGUCACCCAGUGCUGCCCACCCUCAGCACGCACACGGCGCCGCUGGGGACGGUGGUCAGCGAGGCAGACACCGUCAUGAGCUUCGUCAAUGUGGUGGAACAGGAGCGUGACCUCCUGCAGCCUCGGCCGUACUGGAAGGAGUUCCGUUUCGACCUGACGCCCCUCCCACAGGGAGAGACAGUGACGGCGGCAGAGUUUCGCAUCUAUAAGACCCUAACAGUGGGCCAGAGGGCUAACCGCACUCUGCACAUCUCCGUGUACGAGAUCACACGCAAGACCAAAAACAGAGAGCCAGAACUGGUGCUGCUGGAUAUGCAGUCUGUGCCUGCGGGCCAGGAAGGUUGGCUGGCCUUCGAUGUCACCUCAGCCAGCAACCGCUGGCUCCUCCACCCACGUAGCAACCUGGGCAUACGGCUGUAUGUGGAGACAGAGGAGGACCGGUCUCUAUCUGCUGGAUGGGUGGGGCUGGUGGGUCGUAGGGGGCCUCGUGCCAAACAACCCUUCAUGGUGACAUUUUUCCGGGCGAGCCAGGCGCCCUGUCGCCCUCCUCGUGCCCUUAGACCCAACCCCCGCAGGAAGAAAACCAAAUAUGAUCUGCCAGUACCCCCUAUUCGCGAUCACAGUCAAGCCAACAGUGGUCGCCAAGCGUGCAAGAGACAUGAGCUGAAUGUCAGCUUCAGUGACUUGGGGUGGAAGGACUGGGUGCUGGCUCCAUCGGGUUACUCUGCCUUCUACUGUGAUGGAGAAUGCAUUUACCCUCUGGGCUCCUGCAUGAAUGCCACAAACCAUGCCAUGAUACAACUAGUGGUUCAUCUCCUAAAACCAGAGGAGGUCCCUAAGGCAUGCUGCGCCCCCACCAAGCUCAGCCCCAUCUCCGUGCUCUUCUACGACGACAACAACAAUGUCAUCCUCAAGAAGCACCGCAACAUGGUUGUCAAAACCUGCGGGUGCCUGUGAUUUCAUUUACCCCACACUGUUAACCAUUGUGUAUUUCUAGAAUAUUCUACAGUAUAGACCUGUUCUUAUGUGAAUGGCCUUUGACCUAUGGAUAUUGUAAUUCAAUAAACAAUAUGUUCCCGAACUAUAUUAUCAACGUUAAAUGAAAAGUAGACAGCUAUAUCUACAUUGUUCCUAUCUACAAAACCUGUUCCCACAAUAUUUUACCAUCAUAAUUACACAAUAGUUAGGGUUGAUUUGUGUGAGCCCUAACAAAGUCUGCUCUCGUUACCCUCUUGUGACAAUCAUAUUACAGUAAGACAUAUUUACUAGGGGUGGGGGGAAAAAUUGAUUCACAUAUAAAUCGCGAUUCCGUCUUCUAGCAAUUCACAUUUUUUUAUAUAAACAUAUAUAGAAUCGAAAUGACAUAAGGGCAAUUACACGGUCUUGUAGAAAGUAACUGCAGGAAUCCUCUGUGGCUCAGUGGGUAAGCAUGUGUACCAUCGAGUCUACUGCCAAACACGGUACUCCUGGUUCAAAUCUCGCUCAAACCAAUGUAUAAUUAAUACAUAAUUAAUAAUUAACUGAUAUUAGUUAAGUAAUAUAUAUGUUAUUUCCAAGUAUAUAGUAGGUGGACCCCGUGGUGUAGUGGGUUGACGGGCCGCCGCCUGACACACAACAACUUGUCUUUUAAAGUUUUUUUUUUUGUGAUGUCAUGUAAAUGAUCUGACCAAUAGAAUCCACCAACAAGAAGCUGGGCUCCUUAAGGUCUCCACAUCCAUACUAGCACACUACCUAGUAGGGGUGGGGGAAAAAUCGAUUCACAUAUGAAUCUCGAUUCAGUCUUUUAGCAAUUCACAAAUUUAAAGAAUUGUUUUUCUAGUUGUUUUUUAUAUUAUUUUUUAUGUAAGCAUAUAUUGAAUAGAAAUUUGAUUUUUUUUAAUCAUGGAUUGAUUUUUAAUCAAAUCGUGACCCAAAGAAUCCAUUUGAAUCGUGAGGUACCAAAAGAUUCCCACCCCUAAUACUAUUUUUACCACCCCUUUAUUAUCUCCCAGAGAUUCAUACUUUUAGUUCAAAAACUAUGUAUGUAUGUAUCACUUUGAACAUGAGAUUACAUCCAUCACUAUUUGUCCUGCAAUUCCCUUGGUAAACCAAAUCUCUAUAA